AUGCCAUUUGGUUGCCUUGCCCUGCGAGAGGGGCGCAUGUACAGUAGCAUGUCUGAUGUCACGGAGAAAUAUGAGAUUGGACAGGUCCUCCGAGCGAAGGAGUUCUGCGAGCUGUGCCUGGCCAAAGACCGACAGACAGACAAGGUGUUUGUCUGCAAGAAAUUCCUCAAGAAGGACGGCAGGAAAGUCCGCAAGGCUGCCAAGAACGAAAUCAUGAUCCUGAAAUUGGUCAAUCACCCAAAUAUCCUUCAGCUGAUUGACACGUAUGAGACCAGGAAAGAAUACCUCAUCAUCCAGGAACUUGCAACAGGAGGAGAUGUAUUCGAUUGGAUUCUGGACCAGGGGAAUUACACGGAGAGAGACGCUUCCAAUGUCAUCAGACAAGUCCUCGAGGCCGUUGCUUACCUACACUCCCUCAACAUAGUUCACAGGAACCUGAAGCUGGAAAACCUCAUGUACUACACAGAAAACAACCACAACAAAGUAGUUCUGCGGGAUUUCUACCUGUCCAGGUUUGAGAACGGACCCAUCACGGAGCCUUGUGGAACACCAGAGUACCUGGCUCCUGAAGUGGUGGCUCGGCACCGAUAUGGUCGUCCUGUGGACUGCUGGGCUGUGGGUGUUAUAAUGUUCAUACUCUUAUCAGGUAACCCUCCUUUUUAUGAUGAGACAGAAGAGGAGAACACAGAUCUGCAUAAUCGCAUCAUCUUCUGUCGCAUUGUCGCUGGGGACUUUGAGUUUGAUACCCCUUACUGGGAUGACAUUUCACCUGCAGCUAAGGAGCUUGUAUGUCGACUUAUGGAGGUGGACCAGAUGCUGAGAAUCACUGCACAGGAUGCACUCUGGCAUGAAUGGAUUGCGGGGAAUGGGGCCUCAGAGAAGAACUUGAAGGAUGGUGUGUGUGCCCAGUUUGAGAAGAACUUUGCGAAAGCCAAAUGGCGGGAGUUGAAGAAAGCGAUCCGCGUGACCACCUUCAUGCAACGACUGAAGAACCCAGAGGCUUUAAUUGACAGUUCAGCCGAAGGUCAGGCCAGCGAAGAGACAGGAGACGGCGAGGGCGGUGUGUCUCAGGGUACAAGUGAGGAGGGAGAAAAGGGGACAAGUGAUGGCGGGGUGACAUCAAGUAGUGUGUCUUUAGAGGUCACCGUUGAAAACACGCCACCAGGUAUGGAUCAGGAUGAGGGAAGGAGUAAGCUAGAAGACAAACUUGAGGAGAUAAACAUGACUUUAGGCCCGUCUGUGGGAACUUCCCCAUCAGAUAUUCAGGAACCUCUCUGUCAGACACAUGCAGCCACCAAACUCACACAAGAGGAGCCUGAUAUGAUAGGUUCAAAGAAGGCAGCAGGUGAUGGAACCAGGAAAAUGGCCGCCAAUUUGGGUCAAAAUAGAUUUCCUCCAGAAUCCAAACCGACCCCUGAGGCGACGCAUGACCCCUCCAAGCUGUCAGACGGUUCUUCAGGCACUAAUCUUGACAAAAAACACACAUCCACGUCCCCUGAUCCCAGCAGCAAACGUAAAAUGGCUGCAACCCUCCAUGGCACUCCGCCCACAGCGUCUGCUGACGCCGCGGCCUCACCAGAGAAGAGAGGAGCCCCUCAGAAGGGACAAAGGGACGAGACGGACGGAAGCUGGUGUCAGACACAACUACCAGAGGCUGUGGCAGAAAGGUCAGUGGUAGCGGCAGUCACUCCAGCUAUAGGGCCCGGAGCUGUGGCAGAUGUAGGACUAGGAGUUAGGUUAAGGGGGGAUGCUAGCCCAGUUGGUAGACGGGAUCAGGAUGCCAGGAGAACAGACAGAUACAGUGCUGAGUUUAGCAUAGCCGGACAGAGUUGUUACACAGUUGGCAGUUCUGCUAGCUUGGGCCGUCAUGCCACACCUUACAACCCAGAAGUUGGGAUGGGGAUGGGGAUGGGGAUGGCAGGGAGCUACGUGAGUCCAUACAGCUCCCUGUAUACAAGUGGUGGAGGGUUGGCGUUAUAUGGAACAGGGCUACAGCAUGGAGGAGGCGGGAGCAGCUCGACAAGCGACUGGCAAAUGGAUAGCGUGAUAGAGCAGAUAGAAAAGCAAAUGGCAGCCGUGCUGGAGAAGAUUGAGGGAGACAUGCCCUCUCUAAUGGAGCAGAUCAGCGACUGCCCGGCCGAACAGCCACGUGCCCGGAGCACACAAGCCUCGCCCGCCACCUCCCGCGCACACUCCUCGACUGCAUCUUCCACCAUCCCGCCACCUCUUCCCACCUCUCCCAGGCCCGCCCUGCCAUCUCUCCCUCGCCUUACUAUCCCUCCGCCCUCCUACCCCCCACCCUCUCCACCCACACAGGCCUCAGCCCAGGUGGCAGGAGAGCAGGAAGACGGGGAUGGACAGAGGGGUGCUGUACAUCCCAGCCAGUCACCCAGAGCUGGGAUGGGCAGGGGUCUAUAA